AUGUCGGGAAGACCAGCCAGAUUUAAUCAAAGCACCCUCAUCGAUACAACACCACUACCUGCGGAUAUCCCACCAGUUACGGAAAUCGGAAGCAGUUCAGCGCCUUUGCUAUCGGCCAGCUUCUUCAUUGGAGCAAGAUGCAAAGCUUACAAUGACGAUUUCAUGCAAUGCAAGACCGAGAGCGGGGGAAAGGGCGAGAUCGAUUGCUUGAAGGAGGGCAGAAGGGUCACAAGAUGCGCUAAGAGCGUGAUUGAAGAUGUGAACAAGCACUGCCUGGCAGAGUUCCGAAAGCAUUGGACCUGCCUGGACAACAACAACCAGCAACUAUGGCAAUGCCGACCUGCGGAAUGGAAGCUCAAUAAAUGCGUCUUCGACAACCUGAAAAUUGAAAAAGUUAUCCCCGAUACCCCGAAAGGCGAGACUCCUGUACAUCUCAAAACAAGGCAAAUAUACUCGCACCAUGGGCCAUAA